AAGGCUUGGCCUACGUGGCAGCCGCUGGAGCUGCCGACGAGGAGCGAGGCAGGCCGCCGGGCACUUCCUGUGGAGGCCGCAGCGGGCGCGGGCGCGGGCGCCGAGAGGCCGAACGCCGAGCGAGCGAGCGAGCGAGCCGAGCCUCCCGCCGCCGCCAUGGGCCAGAACGACCUGAUGGGCACGGCCGAGGACUUCGCCGACCAGUUCCUCCGAGUCACGAAGCAGUACCUGCCGCACGUGGCGCGCCUGUGCCUGAUCAGCACGUUCCUGGAGGACGGCGUCCGCAUGUGGUUCCAGUGGGGCGAGCAGCGGGACUACAUCGACAGCACGUGGGGCUGCGGCUACCUGCUGGCCUCCUCCUUCGUGUUCCUCAACCUGCUGGGACAGCUGACUGGCUGCAUCCUCGUGUUGAGCAGGAACUUCGUGCAGUACGCCUGCUUUGGGCUCUUCGGGAUCAUAGCCCUACAGACGAUUGCCUACAGCAUUUUAUGGGACUUGAAGUUUUUGAUGAGGAACCUGGCCCUGGGAGGCGGCUUGUUGCUGCUCUUAGCCGAGUCCCGUUCGGAGGGGAAGAGCAUGUUUGCGGGUGUCCCCACCAUGCGCGAGAGCUCCCCCAAACAGUACAUGCAGCUCGGGGGCCGGGUCCUUCUGGUCUUGAUGUUCAUGACUCUCCUUCAUUUUGACGCCAGUUUCUUCACGAUUCUCCAGAACAUCGUGGGCACCGCUCUGAUGAUCUUAGUGGCCAUAGGCUUCAAAACCAAGCUGGCCGCCUUGACUCUGGUCGUCUGGCUGUUGGCCAUCAACGUGUAUUUCAACGCCUUCUGGACCAUCCCCGUCUACAAGCCCAUGCACGACUUCCUCAAGUACGACUUCUUCCAGACCAUGUCGGUCAUCGGAGGCCUGCUCCUGGUGGUGGCCCUGGGCCCCGGCGGUGUCUCCAUGGAUGAGAAGAAGAAAGAGUGGUAACAGACCCUUCCUGCCUGGCUGAGACCCGCGGCCAUCGAGGACCGGUUCGGGGUGGAUUCGACGAAACUGCCAGCAUUUAUGUAUCCUCUUCCCUUCCCUCCCUUGGUAAAGGCACAGAUGUUUUGAGAACUUUAUUUGCAGACACCUGAAAAUCGAUGGCUCAAUCUGCUCUGGACUCACGACCUGGUAGCUGACCCUUCAGAGCUGGCCAGCUGGUUAGCACCUCCCUCCCACGGCAAGGCCUUGGCUUCCAGGCCUGAGCAGCUGGGUUGGCUGUGGCCUCUCCGUCCUAUUGUCUCUCUCUGGGUGGUGGGGGGCCUUCGAGCUGUACUGUGAGCAGAUACAUCUGUGUACCAUUCAAAGCAGUCUCCCUCUUAUUUUUUUUUUAAAGUUUACGUUUUUAGCUAAAACUACUAAAAUAUUUGGGAUGGCCCAGCCAAACAUCAAACACACUGUCAGACUCCCUGGUUUAAAAUCGCGUCAGUGGCUUCCACGUUGUUUCUGCCCUGCCUUGUAACACUUGAGACAGUGAAAAUACCUAGAGAAACCCAAACCCCAAAGAAUGAGGCAUUCUAUUAGAGGGGCGAUGGUUCAUGGUACAAGUCGUUGAUUAAUCAGAAAAUCGGCUCGGACUGCCGCUCAGUCGUUUAUGGGGUCACACCCCAGGAGCUCACGUGGCUCAUCGUGGGGUUGUAUGUAUUAGAAGUCCUCGAGGAAGCAGCCCGGAGCCAGCAGGGACCCGCACGCCCCCAGGCCCGGCUGCGGGGCAGGGCAGUGACAGCGCCAGCUGGCAGACCAGUUACCUCACACUUGACCUCGCGCAGCCUCGGCUGAAGCCACGCGCAGAGCUGGCCCUGGUCACCACCACACUGCCCCCGCCCCCCGUUUUUCUUUGGCUUGAGGAUUCUCCCAGGCUGUACAGCCACGACUUACCUUUUCAGGAGGCUGUUGCUUCCUCAGAUCGUCUAUUUGCUAUGCUGAAUGCAGCCCAAAUUACUUUUUACGAUUUGUGAUGCCUUACCGAUUGGAUCUGACGCCUGUAUUUAAAGUUUUCUAACAUUGCCUUACACUGCGUUUCUCUUCAAGGGGGUGGGGGUGGGGGGGGGCGGGGUGAGUGCCAGUGACUGUUCUCUGCUCGUCCUCGUGUAGUGAAGGCCACCAGGGGAGUUGGCACACCUGUGUCCCCCAUUGUUUUCUCCCUGAUCCCACGGGGGCAGGCCAACGUGGCCAGGCUGACCAGACGGGACGAAGGCCCGGAGGACCGUCAGCCCGGCCUCAACUUGUCUUUCCUCUGGUCGUCAGCUAGGUCUGCAAGCCCGAGGGCCACCCCCAGGGCUGCUGGGGCCAGUCCUGAGUCAGGCUCCAUGUCUACCUUUCAGACCAGAGCCAGCGUCAGGUGGGGAGACCCCAUUUCCCCUGUCGGCUUCACGGGCAGGGUGAGGCUGCCUUUUGUCUAGCAGUGCUCUGAGAACUGUACCUGGCUCUGCCGCUGGACCCACCUAACCCCAGGGGAGUGAUGGAGCACCUUUCACACCCCACCUGUGUCCCAGCCACAUCCUGAAUGUUUAGACAAAGCAAUGGCUGAAGGACGGGGCGUUUCUAUUACCAGUCACUCGCUACACGUAGGAGGGUGGUUUCUCAACUCACUUUGUGACUCAGCUUCAGCCGGUGGUCUCUUGGUCCACACCCCCUUCCCUGUUAACACAGCACAACAGCCCCAUCCAAUGGCACCAUCAGCCAAGCUGGUCUCCCUGUGGCACUGUUUCUGGCAGGGUACGGGUUCUCGGCCCUGUGCUUGGGAGACCUUUGCUGGUUUGUGGUAACUAGGACUGAGCGCAGGAGGCCGAGUGGCGUGGUUGUGCCUGGUCAUCCUCGAUACCGGGGGUCGUUGCUGCCGCCCUGGAACCCUCUCGCCCCCAGUGGGCUAGUGCCUGGGCCGGGGGUAGACACCCUUGUGAGGAGGAGCGGAACAUACAAUCUACCAAUUGGUUUUGGCAAAGCAACUUCUGAAAAAUUUUUUGCUUUAUGUGGGAAAUAGGUAUAAAUCUCAUUUUAUGCUGUAUUUUAUAUCUUAGUUGUGUUUGAAACGUUUUGAUUUUUGGAAACACAUCAAAAUAAAUAAUGGCAUUUGUUGUA